AUGAAGUUAUUCUGCUUGCUUUAUCAUAUUGCAAAGCCAUAAUUUACAGUUGGUUACUUCGGACAGAAAUACUACACGAUCGUUGAAGCAAUUGAUAUUGCAAUGUCAUAGAUGCCAUUAAUUACAGUAAAAUGCACAACCUUGAAUAACACUGCAAAAAAUUCCUGCAACAGAGGCCUAUUAAAAAUUGAAACAAUAUCCAAAUAUUAAAACGUCAAUGAAGAAUGUAAUCAUUAGUUAUAUAAACUCACAGAAGCUAUUCUGCUAACUUUAUUGUACUAAAGAGCUUAUAUUGGUAAUUAAUUAGCUAAAUUUGCAAAUAAUACAAAAUACCAAACAAUGGUUGAAAAAAACGAAAGACUUACACAAAUAUGCCAAUAGUAACUGUGUAAUGAACAGUCCUUAGCAUUCUUAAAAUUAUGUAAAUGCAUGAACCAACUAAAGAGUCUACAGAGAUGA